AUGACUGCCAAAGCACCAAACAUGCCACUCACUGAGAUCUGCUUGCCAGGGAAUCCUGCUGUUCCAGGUACCGAUGCAGAUCAGCCUUCUGCUACGGGCGAAAAUCUUCUCAAGAUGCCUUGCGACGAGACCAGCGAUGCCCACUACUGCUCCUCUACGAACCAGUCGAAGGAAAAAAACACACACCAAAUAACUUCACCCUCACCGGACGACACCGACGAGCAGUCGCACGCUGCGCAUGAUCACAUUAAGGUCUCCGUCACCAGCAGCGAUCCUGGACUCAACACAUUUCCGUUCAUGCGAUUACCCGCCGAAAUACGUCUUUGCGUCUAUGAUCAGCUAGUGGCCAUGCCCGUAACUCGAUCGCCUUACGGACCUCGCGUCCAAAUAUACUAUACCAAGCCGUCUGUAGGCAUACUGAGAUGGAUCGAGGGAGUGUUCGUCAAUGACUGGGAAGGCCCUUCGACACACCUCGACAACAAGGCUGUCACAUUCGAGUUCAUGAAGCGAGCGAUACUUUCUUUGCGACAAGGAACGUUCAGCAUGCACAUCAUUUUAAACGACAGCAAUCUCCUCCUGGAUGACACCGUCGAUGACUGGUUCUGCCUUAUCAAAACCUUGGCUGGAGUCUCAGCCGCGUGUCCCUCUCCUAUUGAUGGCAUGCUUCGCAUCUCGGUACCUGCGGAUUGCAUUGCACACAUGCGAACUGUGCUCAGUACACCUUACACCUAUGGAAGAAGCCUGCGUCCUAAGAUGUGGAAAGUUGACAUGCUCGAAGACGACACUUAA